CAGAGGGAGCGUCAUCUUUCAUCUUUCACUACUGCUGCUGCUUUUCAGGAGCGUCGGAUCUUCGUUCGCCUUCUCGCGUUAUAGCCUCUUAAUAUAAACGGAGCCGAUCGCUUAAUAGAAUAGCGUACCUCCAAACAAACUAACCGGCCUUCGACGAGUUUCGACGGAGCACCGUGAUGAAUUUCUCCCUUCGUCACACAGGCGGGCGGACCGAAGCUCCGCUAGAGCACCAUUAGUGUAUGUGUGCAAAAAAAUAUAUAUUUGUGGAUCCAACCGAACCCGGACCGGAUCAUGAACGAGCCGCUGUGUCGCGUGCCGUGCUGAAGUGGCGGGCUGAAAACGCCGCGAGUCUCGCGCUGCUUCUGAGGUUAGCCUGAUCGCUGCUAACGGGCCUAAAAAAGCCCAGUCUGAUUUCUACAGUCUGAUCUAAACAGCCGUGUGAGCUUUAAUAAGAUCCUCCAGCGGGGAGAGCAGAGGAUGGCCGGCCGUCUGAGCGCUGAGGAGGAGCAGGCCACAAAGCAGUUUUUGGAGGAAAUCAACAAAUGGACGUCCCAACAUGGUGUCUCACCGUUGUCCUGGGACGUGGCCGUGAAGUUUCUGAUGGCCCGCAAGUUUGAUGUUCUGCGAGCAAUUGAGCUUUUUCACAGCUACAGGGAGACACGUCUUAGGGAGGGCAUCGUCAAACUGCAGCCUCACGAGGAGCCGUUACGCUCUGAGCUGUUGAGUGGGAAGUUAACUGUGUUGGUAAGUUCAUAUAUCAGGGCUGUAUCUUCAUAAGGGCUGUUUAUGCUCUUUAAAUCUGGGAAAUGAGGUUACCGGUUCACAAAUAGAAAAAAAAUGCUUCGCUGAGUUUCAUUUCCACUUUGAUAAUUACAGCUGCAGAGUCACUGAUGCGGUUUCACUUCAACAUUUCAGCCCUGUUAUUAUAACCAGGUCAACAAAGAAUCUGCAAAAUUCAUUCUUUAAAUAUUUUAGCUUAUUUUGCCUUGUGCUGCUCUCCUAUUGGUUAAAACGGGUCUGCAUUCUGACAUCUGAUUGGACGCUGUGGAGGCAGGACCCCUUGAGUUCAUCCGAUACUUCAUUGAUCCUCCUCAUCUUCUUGUCUCCUCUCCUCACAUGCUGCCAUCUGUAUUUAUAACCAAGAGAGAUGCACAUAAGUCCCGUGUAUCUCAUGAGUCAUCAGAUUAUUGAAAUAUGUUAUUGACAUAAAUAUUUAACAAAUGCUAAAGCUGUAUGCUUGCACAUACGGAAAUGGGUCAGCUGAAAGUGAAUAAACCAUAUUUAUUGUCUUGUUGUAUGGCAGAGAUAAAUAUAAUGUUUCUUUACUGAUGGGAAGGUGUUGGAGUGAGUCAUCGUUCACAGCUCAGUGAGACAAGCUCUGUUCUGCCUCCGUGUGUUCACAAUUAAAACUACUCCUCAGUUAAACUAAAGGAUGUUUGGAAAAGCUUCCUACACUUUUGUUAAAGGGGGUGAUAGUGAC